GGGUGUUGUGAGUGGAUUUAUACUCGUUCGGACUGUUGUGGGUGGCUGGUCUCGUCUUUAGCGUUAAAAAUGUCGCACAGAAACCCGAAAUUUCUGCAAAAUGACCGCCACGAAUACGACAGCACCCAAAGCAGUGUAGUUUUGGACCAGCUGAGAGUGGUGGAGGAGCGGAGAGAGGACACAAUGGACUAUGAGAAGUGCAGUGUUUUGCACUGCGCCAAAUGCAGCGCGGUCCUGGCUGACUCGCUGGGAGUUUGUGGGGAGGCUAAGAAUAUCAAAUCCAUCAUUUGCCUCAAAGUCACUAAGGAUGUGAGAGUGAGAGGGAAGUUUGAGGCGUGCGUAUAUGGUCUUCUGGCCUUUUGCACGUACAAAAUCCUCGAAUGCAGUGUUUGUCGUCGCUGCAUAGGUGUUGUUCUACAUGCCACCCCACCACAUUUAUCCUCUUUGCGGAACCUCUUCCUCUUGCGGAAAGAUGUGCUCAACUGCUACAUGUUGAAGAAUUCCACAGUAGUGAAAGCUUCCAAAGUCAGUUUUGAAACCAGACCUUUGAGAAGAAAUAUCAUUGAGCUGAAACAGGACUUGGAAGCUCAGCUGAAGCAAGUGGACAUCUUGAAGGAAAUGCUGGAAGGAGUGAACGUUCCCAGAGUGAACAGGAGCAUCCGGCCCAGUGCCAACAGUCUUCCUCUCUCCACUACAGUGCUGAGUAAUGCUGCGGAGUAGUUGAUGUUGGUAGAAGUGUAAAUGGAAGUUGUUUGUCACUGUGCUUACUAGCGUCACGGAGUAGUUGAUGCUGGUGAUAAAGUGUAGCGCUGUUCUUUUAGUUGUUCGUCCAUCUCAGAGUUUGAAAACUGGUUGUGAGAAUUUUUUCUAUUUCAAGUAAUUAAGUUCUGUGAAAGUCUGCAAUAUAUAUUGUUACCGUUACAGUGUACAGUUAUAUGUCUAACAGAGAGCUUGAUAGAUGUAAAGAUGUUCCGCUAUCAAGGAAGAGUUUGUAUGUCUAUGUAAAAACAAAUAAAGUUCAUAUAUUUUCAGUUUGGCCCUUUUUGUGAAGCAAUAGCUUCAUAGCAGCUCAUAUAAGAAGCAUUUUACAUGAUAAAGGGGAAUUCCACCAAGUUUUGAAAUUUCUGCAUGAUUAAAUGUUUAAGAUAACAGUAAACAAAGUCAU